AAACGAAAUCACAUAUGCACUUAUCCUAAUAUAGACCAUAGAAAACACCGAUAUUCAAGUGAAUACAUUACACAGUUAGAAAUGGUGAACCGUCAGACCCAAGAAUGUUUGAGCGAGUUGAUACGAAUCAAAGAUGAUCCUCAAGAAUUAGCCCGAAGAAUUCGAAAUUUACUGCAAGGUCAAUAUGGCGUUAAUAAUAACAACAUCAACAACACUAAUAAUAUUAAUACAUCUAUGGAGGAAUACAACCAUACAAGACCAAGACAAAACUCAGUAUCAGUAUCACCGUAUUCAAAUGGUUCUACGCCACAAGUUCAAACACCACAAGUUCAGGCAUCACAAUCAUAUCCUCAACUUACAAAAAUUCAUCAAGGAUAUGCUCCACAAUAUCAACAGCAAUUCCAACAAACCAACCAGUUCUCUAAUACUACAAUUGUAGCUUCUGAAGUUCCUCCACCUCGACCUGGAGCAGUUGUAGGACCAACACAAAUACCCGCGGGUACUCCAAUAGAAGCACAAACAGCCACAAUGCAACAACCAUACCACCAAUGGCCACCAACUCUUCCACCAACUCGAUCAAAUUCUACCCCAAAUAACAUUCAUCUUCCACCAAUACCGUUAAACCCAUCCCAUCCAAACUUGCCUCCACCACCAGUGAUUAUCCCAGGAGCCAGUGUUCCUGGCCGAAGGACCAAUCACAGCUUAGAUUUAACCAGCAAGUACUUCAGAGGUCCUGAU